UUCAAUGUUCAAACAAAUACUGACUUUUCUACAAAAAAGUAUUGUUAUUCUAUUUGCCCUGUGAGACAAAUUGUUGUAGUAUUGAAGUAUGAUUCAAAGAUGAAUCAACAAUGCAAAGUGUGUGGUGAGCCAGCAGCAGGAUUUCAUUUUGGAGCCUUUACUUGUGAAGGAUGCAAGUCUUUCUUCGGUCGCACAUACAAUAAUUUAUCAUCUAUAUCGGAAUGCAAAAACAAUGGAGAAUGUGUCAUCAACAAAAAGAAUCGUACAGCUUGCAAAGCAUGCCGUUUGCGAAAGUGUUUGGUAGUUGGAAUGUCAAAAAGUGGCUCGCGCUACGGCCGACGAUCUAACUGGUUCAAAAUACAUUGUCUGCUCCAAGAACAACAACAACAGCAGAAAACAUCCAACGCCAACAACAACAAUUCCAACACUACUAGUAAUGAAAAUAGCAGUAACAGUAUUAGCUAUCCGGUCUUGUCGAUUUCUAAUGGGUUACUUUCAAAUAGUUUUCUAUCGAAUUUUUGCAACAAUAAUUCUACAAAUGAAAACAAUAACGACAUUAUCAUUGGAUCCAUGAAUAACAACAACAACAAUAUGAUCAAAAACAAUAAUGCUAUAAAAAAAAACUUGAAACGUGCAUGCACUCCAAGUGACUCAGGUGCAUCUUCUGCCGAACCGGACGAUGGGGUAGAAGGUGUGAGGAGCAGCACAUUCAAAGAUACAUUCCUGGUUAAUGGAAGCUUGGAGGAUGGAUUGAAAUCUCCCGAACCUCAGUCAUCCGAAAAAAGCACUUGUACUCCUCCGUCUUCUUCUGUUCUACAAUCUUUACCAGAGACGUAUCGUCCUGUACUUUUGGAUCGUAUGUCCCCUUAUAUUCCAUCCAUUUUUCGAACAGAUGGAUCUCCGUUUUUUCCUGUAGCAUUUUCUAUUCCCCCCGUGUCCUUAGCAAUGCUUGCCUCCAGUCAUGCUGAAGUACAACUAUGUAAACGAGAUGAGCAAAACGAGCCCAUUGACCUGUCGAUGAAAUCUAAGUCACCAUAUAGAUCAUCCUCCGAUUCUCCUUUGCGGAUACACUAUAGUUCACCUUUGUCAGCAGAUUCAAAUGAAAACGAAAAUCUGCCAGUGUUCAAUAAAACGACUGUCAAAACUGUUCCUCUCGAUCUUUCAACACUAGAGCGUAGUAGAAGUCUCUCCGGGUGAAAUAUAUAAUCU